AGUUGACUUUUUGCACCAAGCUUUCUGCUCGUUUCUCCGUAGAACUAUGAAGAUAAGGAUGUCUGUGCCUCAACGUUUGGCGGUUCGUGUGCAAGGGUGUAUCUUCGUUAAAAAUGGCAGGGAUUUGGUUUAACCCGCAUCGCGUUUUCAUUUACUUCAAAAUAUCCCCGGCGGAACAGUUUAAGCAUGUCGUAUCCUUCAGGAAGACGGCUUAGUGUCGGCACCGGGACAAGCCCACUCGACUCAUAUUCCAGCGUCCGAAUCCCGCUUCUAUCGGGCGCGGCAAGCAUGGACGGCGGUCGUACGCCACCGCCGAAUUAUCGGAGUUUGGAAGACAGUCAGGACCCACGAAUUGUUUACUGCGUACAUGGGAAUUUGUAUUCUGUUUGUUGCAUUGACGAAACUACGGGAGAAGUUGCUCGGAUCCCGUCAAGAUCUAGUGAGAUAGUGGAAGGUGACGUAGACUUGCACGCCUCGAUUGGAGAGCCAGAUCAUUGCCACCAGGAGCGGGAUGUUGGGCCAGAUGCGUCAGCGAGAAGAAAACUCAUCAUAGCUUCAGUAUUAUGCUUGCUUUUCAUGGUUGGCGAAGCCGUUGGUGGAGUAUUGGCCAACAGUUUGGCCAUCGCAACAGACGCUGCUCAUCUGCUCACGGACUUCGCUUCUUUCAUGAUCUCUCUGCUGGCCCUGUGGAUUGCUGGGAAACCCGCGACGAGGAGCAUGAGUUUCGGCUGGUACAGAGCCGAAGUGAUCGGGGCUCUGACGAGUGUGCUCAUGAUCUGGGUCGUCACUGGCAUCCUGGUUUACAUGGCCUUUGAGAGAGUUAUGCAGGACAAUUUCGAUAUUGAUGCUCAAGUCAUGCUGAUUACGUCUGGGGUUGGGGUUGCUGUGAACAUUUUCAUGGCUCUGACGUUGCACGAACAUGGCCACGGACACAGUCAUAGUCACAGUCACAGCCACGAUGAUCCCAAAGCAAAUUCAGAGCCACAAGGUGUAGAAAAUGGGAGCUGUGAAGUUUCAGUUCGCGAACAGCCGAGUGGCCAUAGUCAUCAUUCUCAUCAGAACAUCAAUGUCAGAGCUGCAUUCAUCCACGUCAUUGGGGACUUUAUUCAAAGCGUUGGAGUGUUCAUUGCUGCUCUGGUCAUUUAUUUCAAGCCUGAAUGGAGACUUGUGGAUCCGGUGUGCACUUUUCUCUUCAGCAUCCUCGUGCUUCUCACCACAUUUGCCAUAAUGAGAGACACGCUCACGGUUUUGAUGGAAGGCAUUCCUAGAGGAAUAGAUUUUGCAGCAGUGGAGAAAUCGUUCUUGGGCAUUGAUGGUGUCGUUUACGUGCACAACCUGAGGAUCUGGGCCUUGUCCAUGGAUAAAUCCGCCAUUUCAGCGCAUUUAGCCAUUCAACCGGGACGAGAUCCGCUAAAGGUUUUAGCGCUGGCGUCUCGCAGACUGAGGAAGGAAUACGCUUUUUUCGAAAUGACUUUGCAAAUAGAACAUUACGACGCCAAGAUGGAAGAUUGUUCGCAGUGCCAAGUACCGAAAAAAUGACGUAACUUCUUUGUUUCAAUUUCUGUGACCAUAGGUUGUAUAGGAUUAUUUUAAUUUCGAAGAAUCCAUGUAAAAGGGAUAACCUCGACUUUUGUUUAAUGACUUCAUGACAUUGAUGCUUGACCAAGUUCAAAAAUAAAAUUGCAUUUCGAAAUUUUCAAUGGAAACAAUUGAAAAUUAGUUGGAUUCAGGAUCAAUGCAUGUCUGAAUUCAAAUUUGUGUGUUUUUAGUUUUAAAAUAUUGCAGUUCUGAAGACACUCAAAGUGGGGCGUGUGUCUCACUGAGGGAUACAAUGUUUUCAAGAAUUUUGACUCAAAAAUCCUGGUGCAAUAUCUUACUUAAAUGUGAGUGUUACAAGUACGCAUUAGAAAAUGCUGAUCAUGACUUGAAAUUUGCGUUAGGGUGCGUUGUAACUUGAGUGCAGUAGUAGAACCACUGGAUUACCUAUCCAUGCUUCAGGUUUUUAAGGAUAAGGUUAAAUUAGCAUCUGUUCAAAUGAAAGAAGGAAAAUGAGGAAUGUGAAAUAUUUUCCAGAGAUCUUUGUUCUCAUUAGGUGUAGACAACUGGAAUGAGAACUGCCCCAAUUUCGAUUGAACUACUGGAUCUGUUGGGAUGUUUUCUCAGAAGUGGCGGAUACUUUCAGGAAGUAUCGACUAUUCCAUGAAGUUUUCUCAUGACGCCUGUAAUUUAAUGUUAGAAAGAUUGUCUGACAUGUUUGAUACAUGACUGAAGGACAGAAAGUGAAGUCUGAGCUCUUCCGUACUCGUGAUUAACCAAGAUUUAAAAGUGGUUGUGUACAGAAUUUGAGUGUUCAUAUUGCUAACAAGAGUUUUUAGCUGACAAAAAGAAGCAUUUUGCAGCUGUGGUGUUUUGUGAUUCAUUGGCAAUACUGUAUUGAAAGGAAUGAUUGGGUGCAGAUGUUGGGCAAAUAUUGUACGUAUAUUUUGGAGGUUUUUUUCACUAACAUACUACAGUAUGAAGAGAUUUAGCUCAUUUUUGCCAUCCGCGCUUCUUCUGUGCUCAGAGGAUUCUAAGAAGAAAUUUCUAUCUUUCUGGCUGUGGUACAAAGCUGGGAUUUGAAAUUUAGAUGCGGUUCCCAAAUUUCAUGUGAUGUGUGUGAUCUUGAUUGUAAGUGAUUUCUUGGAACUGUUCUUCGGAAAUGAAUGCGUUUUCUGAAAA